CAUAAUCUAUCAGCUGCAGGUAUCAAGAUCAACCAGAUCGUGGCUACACUGAGAAUGAGAGGCCCGAGGAGGGUGGCGGCCAUCCUGGCCAUCGUCCUGGCGGCGGCGCUCGGCACGGCGGUCCGCGCCCAGCAGUGCGGCUCGCAGGCCGGCGGCGCGACGUGCCCGAACUGCCUCUGCUGCAGCCGCUUCGGUUACUGCGGCAGCACCUCCGACUACUGCGGCGCCGGCUGCCAGAGCCAGUGCAGCGGCUGCGGCCCCACUCCUCCUGGACCCAGCCCCGGCGGGGGCGUGUCGUCCAUCAUCUCCAGGGACAACUUCCAGCAGUUCCUGCUCCACAGCAACCAAUGCCAAGAUGCCGGCGGGUUCUACACGUACAACGCAUUCCUGGCUGCCGCCGCCGCGUUCCCGGCCUUCGGCACCACGGGGAGCACCGAGACGCGGAAGCAGAAGGUGGCAGCCUUCUUCGGGCAGACCUCCCAUGAGACCACCGGCGGGUGGGCCACCGCACCCGACGGCCCCUACUCCUGGGGAUACUGCUACAAGCGGGAGCUGGGCUCACCGCCCGACUACUGCCAGCCAUCGUCGGAGUGGCCGUGCGCGCAAGGAAGGCAGUACUACAGCCGCGGCCCCAUCAUGCUCUCCUGGAACUACAACUACGGCCCGGCGGGGCGCGCCAUUGGUGUGGACCUGCUGAACAACCCGGACCUGGUGGCCACGGAUGCCACGGUGUCGUUCGAGACGGCGUUGUGGUUCUGGAUGACGCCGCAAGCGAACAAGCCGUCAUCCCACGCCGUGAUCACCGGCCAGUGGACACCGACGGCCGCAGACAACGCGGCGGGAAGGGUGCUCGGGUACGGCAUCAUCACCAACAUCAUCAACGGCGGACUCGAGUGCGGCAGGGGGGCGGACAGUCGUGUUGCCGACCGGAUCGGGUUCUACCAGCGCUACUGCAACAUCCUUGGCGUCGGCUACGGGAGCAACCUCGACUGCUACAACCAGAGGCCCUUCGUCCAGGGGCUUUUGAUACAGCAAGUAACGCAGUAACAAGAUACUACUCCCUCCGUUCCGAAAUAAUUGUCUUUCUAGUCAUCUCAAUUGGACUACACAUACGGAUGUAUGUAGACAUGUUUUAGAGUGUAGUUUCACUCAUUUUGCUCCGUAUGUAGUCACUUGUUGAAAUAUCUAGAAAGACAAUUAUUUCGGAACGGAGGGAGUACGAUCUAAAUCUAAAGUCAGUCCUCGAUGCAUGCCUGUGUGCAUGUGAUUACUGAUAAAUAAUCUCGAGGAGUAGUCUAUGAGUAAAUAAAUGGAUGAAUAAACUUGCCGUUGUUGUGUGUCAGCAACCCCGCA